AUGUGCUCUCAUGUGGGGCCCCCCACAGGAAUGUUGUCAUUGAGCAGCCUAGUGGUGGCUCCUCCCAACAACCCAGGCCUCCAGCCCCCCGCAGCGACACGCUGCCUGGGACAACCUGGCCCCAGGGGCUUCCCCACCUCAGAUGUCCUGCUGAAAGUCACCUUGGAUUUGAGGACUGUUGCCACCCUUGCCUCCCCAGAGGAGCCAUCUGCUGCACCUGCCAUGACCACCUGGCCCCCCUACUCAAGAUUUCCAAAGAGGAGAAUAUUGGUUAGAAAUGACUCCUUAGUGACUGAAUUCCUUCUUGCUGGAUUAACAGACCGCCCUGAGCUCCAGCAACCCCUCUUCUUCCUGUUUCUGAUGAUCUAUAUUAUCACCAUGGUGGGCAACCUUGGCUUGAUCAUCCUCAUCGGUCUCAAUUCUCACCUCCACACCCCCAUGUACUAUUUCCUCUUCAAUCUAUCCUUCAUUGAUCUCUGUUACUCUUCUGUUUUCACCCCCAAGAUGCUGAUGAACUUUGUAUCAAAGGACAAUAUCAUCUCCUAUGUUGGGUGCAUGACUCAACUGUUCUUCUUUCUCUUUUUUGUCAUCUCAGAAUGCUACAUGUUGACCUCAAUGGCCUAUGACCGCUAUGUGGCCAUCUGUAAUCCAUUGUUGUAUAAGGUCACCAUGUCCCAUCGGGUCUGCUCCUUGCUAACUGUUGCUGCAUAUAUGAUGGGAUUUGCCGGAGCCUCUGCCCACACAGGGUGCAUGCUUAGACUAACGUUCUGCAAUGUCAAUAUCAUCAACCAUUACCUGUGUGACAUCCUUCCUCUCCUCCAACUCUCUUGCACCAGCACCUAUGUCAAUGAGGUAGUAGUUCUGAUAGUCGUGGGAAUUAAUAUCACAGUACCCAGUUUUACCAUUCUGAUUUCUUAUGUCUUCAUCCUCACUAACAUUUUUCACAUCAAAUCUGCUCAAGGAAGGUCAAAAGCCUUCAGUACCUGUAGCUCUCACAUCAUUGCUCUUUGCCUUUUUUUUGGAUCAGCAGCAUUCAUGUAUCUUAAAUAUUCUUCUUCUGGAUCUAUGGAACUGGGAAAAAUUUCUUCAGUGUUUUAUACUAACGUGGUACCCAUGCUCAAUCCCCUGAUCUACAGUUUGAGGAACAAGGAUAUCAAAGUUACACUGCAGAAAACCUUGCUUAAAAUCCAGAGUAGAAGCAUGUUUUAA